GCUCCUACGGUUACACACCCACAUUACUUUUGUGUUAACCACUUCGCGGGAGUUGUCGCUCCAGGAGCACUUAUUCCAUUUAAACUACUCCCAUAAGAUACGCCACAUUUGAAGGGCCAACAUGUCUGACAGAAAGCCAGUGAUCAAAAAUGCUGACAUGUCAGAGGACAUGCAGCAGGACGCCGUGGAGUGUGCCACGCAGGCCCUGGAGAAGUACAACAUCGAAAAAGACAUUGCUGCAUACAUCAAGAAGGAGUUUGAUAAGAAAUAUAACCCAACAUGGCACUGCAUUGUUGGGAGGAACUUCGGCAGCUACGUAACCCACGAGACCAAGCAUUUUAUUUACUUCUACUUGGGUCAGGUGGCUAUUCUGCUGUUCAAGUCUGGCUGAAGGAAGUUUUUUCUUCUCCUCCAAUCCCAGCUGACCAUACAGUACUGAUGGACUCCACUAAAGGCACUUAUCAUUCCUUGGCAAGGGGCCUCUGCCUUUUUUUCUGUGCUGCAUUCGACUUUGUUUUUGAGGAUUUGAAACAAUGGCCAUGUUAAAGAGAUGAAACACUUGUAUUUAUUUUUGUCUUGUUACAUUAGACUCGUCAGUUUUUUAUUAAAGCGUAGCUGUUAAGCUGUCGAUGUU